AUGGGUUUCACGCGACUUUCGACCCUCGUAUUAUCUCAGUCUCCUGUUGAGAAAUCUUCACGAAUAUGUUCAGACACAAAUCGGUCGGUCAAAACACUAGUCAUCAGCAGGAUACUCACGUUAUUUCCCCUCCUCGCCGCAUUGACGAUUACUCUCCUUGCCCUUCUCUUGCCUUCCCCCUCGAUUCACACCGGUCUACUAAGCAUACAUCCUUCUGGACGUACGAUCGCACCGACAGCAGCCAUCAACUCUACCACACUCGAUGAUGAUCCUCUAGCCUUCUCAGGAAUCCCGCCAAACAGCACCUUUGCUUUGAAUAGUAGUAGUGUGCCCGAUAGUGUGGUAGGUAAAAACGCUGUAUUGUGGUAUGGGACCAGUGGACCGAGCAUGUGGAUUGGUGUUAUGCAGGUGUGUAGUCGAGUGUAUCCACAAGCCGACGUGACUUGUACUCUUUCAUCUCAAGCAGCUUACCAUGCGGCUUUCUUACCAUUGUCUCUUGGCAUGAGCCUUUUCGCUCUUCCCCUUUCACCUCCUGCUCCUAUAUUACUACUUCUCUCAUCCGUCGCCAUUAUUCUCUCCAUCCUCGCUCUAUGCUUGGAAUGGAUUCUCCCGUGUCUCGUCCGAAAAUGCCGAGGGGCAGCUUGCGCCAUGCCAUGGACCCGAAGAUUUCCUCCAUUGGAAGAUAGAGACAAGAUGUACUCCGAUUCCGAUUCUAUGAUCGAGCUGGUGGAUCGGCCUCGGGUUAUCAGUUCUGUCGCUGAGGGGAGAUUGCUCCCUAAUCUCGGUUUCGCUGCUUUGGCCACUGCGGGACUUAUCCUGAAUAUCGUCGGGGUGGCUCUGGAAAUGACGUCGAUGCGUAAUGUCGUCGCUGCGUGGAAUGCGAAAGAAGCUGUGGACACCUAUGGCAAUACUCUUAUGUUUUGUACCCAUUCUAAUAUCUACAUCAAUCGUCGUCGCUUACGCGCCCAAGAUCGUACAGAGAAUGUGGCGACGUUCAACCAGUAG